CUCAAGUGAACUCCGUCACGCCGCGUCAGUCCAGAGUCGCACAAUUAUGAAAAUUCCAUCUUCCGCUGAAGCCGCAGCGGACGCACACGACUAUCACCGCCGUCACCGGGCUUCCCUUCCUAGGCUUCACGAGCAGCACCUCGCCGAUAGAUGGCUAGAAGAUCCGGAUCAGCUCUUCCUCAGUCUGAACGCUGAAGAGAAUGUCCCAGAAGUCCUGGAUAGAAAACACGUUCACCAGGAGGGAAUGUGUUUAUAUACUGCCUGUGUCCAAAGACCCGCACAGAUGUCUGCCGGGAUGUCAGAUCUGUCAGCAGCUCGUACGAUGCUGCUGUGGGCGUUUGGUCCGGCAGCACGUGGGCUUCAGUGCGACUCUGCCGGUGAAAUACUCAGACGUGCGUUUGGCUGAAGGGGAGCCGUCAGAUGUGGAGCAGUGGUCUGUGGAGAAACACACCGAGGAGACGCCCACUGACGCUUAUGGAGUCAUCAACUUCCAGGGCGGAUCUCAUUCAUACAGAGCCAAGUAUGUGCGUCUGUCAUACGACUCUCGACCGGAAGCCAUCUUGAGACUCAUGCUGAAGGAAUGGCAGAUGGAGCUGCCGAAGAUCGUCAUCAGCGUUCACGGCGGCAUCCAGAACUUUGACCUGCAUCCACGGAUCAAACAUGUGGUGGGAAAAGGACUCAUUAAAGCUGCCGUGACCACAGGGGCCUGGAUCCUGACGGGCGGAGUCAACACAGGUGUGGCCAAGCAUGUAGGGGACGCGCUGAAAGAACAUCUAUCCAGAUCAUCACGCAAAAUCUGCACGGUUGGAAUCGCACCCUGGGGAGUCAUCGAGAACAGGAACGACCUCAUCGGAAGAGAUGUUGUUGCACCGUAUCACACUCUGUUGAAUCCUCUCAGCAAACUCAACGUGUUGAAUAACUUUCACUCACACUUCAUUCUGGUGGAUGAUGGGACGGUGGGGAAAUACGGAGCUGAAGUCAAACUGAGGAGAGAGCUGGAGAAACACAUCAACCUCCAGAGGAUACACGCACGCAUCGGUCAGGGCAUCCCUGUGGUGGCACUGAUUUUUGAAGGAGGUCCGAAUGUGAUCCUGACGGUGUUGGAGUAUCUGCAGGAGAGUCCACCGGUACCUGUGGUGGUGUGUGAGGGAACCGGACGAGCCGCUGAUAUACUGGCAUACGUUCACAAACAGACCGAGCCAGACGGUGCACUGCCUGACGGUGUUGAAGCUGACAUCAUCGCCACAAUCAAGAAAACGUUCAACUUCAGUCAAAGUGAUGCGCUGCAUCUGUUCCAAACGCUCAUGGAGUGCAUGAAGAGCAAAGAGCUGAUCACAGUAUUUCACGUUGGUUCAGAGGAUCAAGACAUUGAUGUGGCGAUUCUCAAGAGUCUUCUCAAAGGCACAAACGCAUCAGCCUUUGAUCAGCUGGUCCUGACGCUGGCGUGGGACAGGGUGGACAUCGCUAAAGAUCACGUCUUUGUUUAUGGACAACAGUUGCUGGUGGGCUCUCUUGAACAGGCCAUGUUGGAUGCGUUGGUGAUGGAUCGUGUGGAGUUUGUGAAACUUCUCAUUGAGAACGGUGUCAGCAUGCACAGAUUCCUGACAAUUACACGCCUGGAGGAGCUCUACAAUACGAAACAAACACCAACAAACCCAACUCUCUAUCACCUGGUGAGGGACGUCAAACAGGGUAACCUCCCGCCCAAUUAUAAAAUCACAUUAAUCGAUGUUGGAUUGGUGAUCGAGUUUCUCAUGGGAGGAACGUACAGAUGUAACUACACCCGCAAACGCUUCCGCAUCAUAUACAACAACCUGCACGGAAACAGUCGGCGGUCGGGGAGACACACGGGCAGCACCUCGCACGAGUCCUUCAGCAUUCAAGCAGAUAAAAAAGAGAAAACCAGACACAAUCACUUCAUCAAGACGGCACAGCCCUACAAACCCAGACUUGACUCCACUUCUGAGCAGCAGAAGAAGAAGAGCAAAGAGGAGGUGGUGGACAUCGACGACCCCGAGACCCGACGCUUCCCGUACCCCUUCAAUGAGCUGCUGGUGUGGGCCGUGCUGAUGAAGAGACAGAAGAUGUCGCUGUUCUUCUGGCAGCACGGAGAAGAGUCCAUGGCCAAAGCUCUGGUGGCCAGCAAACUCCUGCGCUCCAUGGGCUACGAGGCCAAGAAGAGCGACGUGGUGGACGACACCUCAGAGGAGCUGAAGGAAUACUCCAAUGAGUUCGGGACGCUGGCGGUGGAUCUGUUGGAGCAGUCGUUCAGGCAGGACGAGACCAUGGCCAUGAAGCUCCUGACGUACGAGCUGAAGAACUGGAGCAACUCCACCUGUUUGAAGCUGGCCGUGUCGUCUCGACUCCGCCCCUUUGUGGCUCACACCUGUACACAGAUGCUGCUGUCCGACAUGUGGAUGGGACGACUGAACAUGCGCAAGAACUCCUGGUACAAGGUGAUCUUGAGCAUCCUCGUUCCUCCGGCAAUCCUUCUGCUGGAGUACAAGACCAAAGCUGAGAUGUCCCACAUUCCCCAGUCUCAAGACGCCCAUCAGAGCAUGGAGGACAGCGAACACAACCUGCAAAACCCUGACGACAUCCAGAUGGACGUGUUUAAGGAAGUUCGUACCACUGACAAUGCAGAAAUCAAAAGUGAAUCGGAGGUCCAUGUUCGUUCUCGCCGCUUACCCAUCACACGCAAGUUCUACGCUUUUUACCACGCUCCCAUUGUCAAGUUCUGGUUCAACACGCUCUUUUAUAUCGGCUUCCUGAUGUUAUAUUCAUUUGUGGUGUUGGUGAAAAUGGAGCCCCUUCCAUCACCUCAGGAGUGGGUCGUCAUUCUCUACAUCUUUACACUGGCUGUGGAGAAGCUACGUGAGAUGUUCAUGUCAGAAGGAGGAAAGAUCAGUCAGAAGAUUAAAGUCUGGUUUGCAGAUUAUUUCAAUAUUUCUGACUUUCUGGCCAUCCUCAUGUUCUUUGUGGGGUUCGGUCUGCGCUUCGGGAAGGAAAACGUGUUAAUCACGGGCCGGAUCGUCUACUGUUUGAAUAUCAUCUUCUGGUACGUGCGACUGCUGGAUAUUCUGGCCGUCAAUCAGCACGCCGGCCCGUACGUCAUGAUGAUUGGAAAAAUGGUGGCUAACAUGUUUUAUAUCGUGGUGAUCAUGUCGGUUGUGUUGCUAAGUUACGGAGUUCCCCGCAAAGCCAUACUGUACCCGAACGAGGAACCCUCGUGGACUUUAGCCAAAGACGUGGUUUUCCAGCCAUACUGGAUGAUGUACGGGGAAGUGUACGCCUAUGAGAUUGACGUGUGUGCAAACUCCACCGACAAUAAUUUUCAGCAUCUGUGUGACACGGGCGUGUGGUUGACACCUCUGCUUCAGGCCGUCUAUCUCUUUGUUCAGUACAUUCUGAUGGUCAAUCUGCUCAUCGCCUUCUUCAAUAACGUGUACCUGCAGGUGAAGUCCAUGUCAAAUCUGGUGUGGAAAUACCAGCGAUACCAUUUCAUCCUGGCAUAUCACGACAAACCCAUCCUGCCCCCCCCUCUGAUCCUGCUCAGUCACGUGGUGUCUGUGCUGUCGUCCAUCUGCAGGAAGAGAAAGAAGGACAGCGGCACCUACGGGCCGAAACUCUUCCUGACAGAGGAGGACCAGAAGAAGCUUCACGACUUUGAGGAACAGUGUGUGGAGACAUACUUCCAUGAGAAGGACGACCACUUUCAUUCUGGCAGUGAAGAGAGAAUCCGACUCACAUCCGACAGGGUGGAGACGAUGUGCGUUCAGCUGAAGGAGGUCGGGAACAAAGUGAACUUCAUUAAGCGAUCGCUGCACACUCUGGAUUCUCAGAUCGGACACCUGCAGGAUCUCUCGGCGCUCACGGUGGACACGCUGAAGGCCCUGACAGCACAGCGGGCAUCUGAGGCCAGCAAAGUCCACAACCAGAUCACCCGUGAGCUCAGCGUCUCCAAGAACCUGGGGCCUGGCCUGAGUGACAUCACGGGACACUCCAAAUCCAGCGCUCUGGUGCGGUGCAGUGUGGGUUUCCUGCCCCCUGCCACCAGCAUAGCGGACUCGUUGUUUGGGGGCGGAGCCAAAGACAGAAUGCAGCGUCACGAGGCUGAGCCUCCUCUGAGCCCUGGAAGGUACUUUGCUCCGUUGGCGCCAGAGGCCGGGUCGUCUGGUCACGCCGCACCGCAGAUGCGCUCGCUCAGGGAUUCUCACAGGCGCUCUCCUCAGCUGAGUCGGCGCGAGGAGGACGGCGCUGCCUCGAGUCCCAUCAGUGCCCCGGCUGGAACGGCCACGUUCUUCGUCAGCACGCCCACGCAGCUCGCCGACUCUCGGACGCAUUCGCCGCCUCACGCCCGCCGCACGGAGCCGCUGCACCCCUCCGUGGAGUUUGGGGCCUUCGUGGGUCACAGGGUCGAUUCAGAGGGUCAGAGGUCCUUCCCUAAAGAGGUUUCGGCUACCGGCCGGCAGCUCAGCCCAUCCAGAAAGGAUCAGGAUGCGGGUCACAUACGGAUAGUGAACUCAUACGCCGGUUUCACAGAGUUUGACAGAAACCCUUCGAUCUUGCAUCCAGAGUCCACGCUCCGUAAACGGGAGAAGAGUCGCGUGUCAUUGGAGGACAUCUCACGGCAUGAGGAUCUUUCAGUGGCUGUGCUAUUGGGUAAAUCAGUGCAAUCCAGCAAACUGACUGCAGGAGAUGAUGUUUCUAAUGCUGCAGCGGGUGUGUACGCGGCCCGACACACACACCUCAGUGCACGCAAGGACUCAAUCGGUUCUCCCUUCAAGCCCAUGGAGACGUAUCAGUACUCAGCGGUGGAACGUAAUAACUUGAUGCGGUUGUCUCAGAGUAUUCCAUUUACCCCAGUGCCCCCUAAAGGUGAACCCGUCACCGUGUAUCGGCUGGAGGAAAGUUCUCCAAACAGCAUAAAUAACAGCAUGUCCUCGUGGGCUCAGCGUGGACUCUGUGCAAAGAUCGAGUUCCUCAGUAAAGAGGAGAUGGGCGGCGGUCUGCGGAGGGCGCUGAAAGUUCUCUGCACUUGGUCAGAGUACGACAUUCUGAAACCAGGACACCUGUAUAUCGUCAAAUCCUUCCUACCUGGGGUGGUCAACACAUGGCAAAGCAUUUACAAAGAAGAGACGGUCCUGCAUCUCUGUCUCAGGGAAAUUCAGCAGCAGAGAGCAGCUCAGAAACUCACAUUUGCCUUCAAUCAGAUCAGACCUAAAACAUUCCCAUACUCCCCCAGGUUUCUGGAGGUGUUUCUGCUGUAUUGUCACUCUGCGGGUCAGUGGUUUGCCAUCGAGGAGUGCAUCACCGGAGACUUCCGCAAGUUCAAUAACAACAACGGAGAUGAAAUCGUUCCCACCAAUCUGCUGGAAGAAACCAUGCUGGCGUUCAGUCACUGGACAUAUGAAUACACACGAGGAGAGCUGCUGGUGCUGGAUCUGCAGGGGGUGGGCGAGAUUCUAACAGAUCCCUCCGUCAUUAAGAGUGGAGAGAAAGGGUCUUACGAUAUGAUCUUCGGUCCUGCAAACCUGGGAGAUGAUGCCAUCCGCAAUUUCCGUGCCAAACAUCACUGUAACUCCUGCUGCAGAAAACUCAAACUUCCAGAUCUGAAGAGAAACGACUACACUCCAGAUAAACCGGCAGUGGCACCGCAGCACGAAUCCUCCGAGGGCCCGUCCCACUCCACGCCUACAGGGGGCGCUACUAAAGAACAGCGCCCGUCAAUGCGCUUAAUGCUGUGAGCCGCACACACGCACAAGCACGCGCGCUGUCAUGAGAAACACUGUGUGCAGGACCUGUGUGUGUGUUUUUAUAUGACGUGGCGUUGAGAUUGUGUGGCCUCUGAACAAAUGAACAGAUGCUGAUGCCGUUCAGAGAUGUUUUAUAAAGUCACAUGUAUAAUCAGCUUUUAAGAGUAUUUUUUAACCUUUUUAUGUCCAUAUGAAAUGAUAAAGUGGUUAAUAACUGGUACAGUAUCAAUGUAAAAUAAAGUAUUUAUUCUAAACUACGAAACGUUGCCUUGUAUAAAAAAUAGCAAUUUUAAGUGCAAUGUCAGUCACUUACUGGUUUUGGUGGAAUCAGAUUUUGUACAGAGCUGUAUGCCAACAGAAUAUGUUUUGAUGUACAGAAAACUACAUGUGCACAGCAUGUAUGAAUGCGUUCAAGGUUCAUACAUGUAGAUAAUGGGCAGAUUGCAAUGCAAAUGACAUCGGAGUAUGUGCCGAAACACAAUCGCAACACAACUUUCUAAUGUUACAGCGGUACUCGUGUCUAUACUGUCACUGGAGUAUUGUGUGUGAGAGAGAUCUCGUGUAUCUUAUAGAUACAUCUAUCUGACACCAUUAUAUCAGCUGAAACGAGACAAUAUUUGAUGCUGGAGAUAAUAAUGGAUCUGUUAACUUUUUUUUACUGUACAUUUGAACAAUAAAAGACUUAAAGACGCUCA